UGGAAGCAGUGUACAGAUGCUUGAGAAGGCUUGAUUUUGUUUUAUGAAUCUGAAAAACAAAGAUCCACCCAUGCACCAGCAUAUUUUUGUGAAAGAACAACAGGUAAAAAUAGGUAGGCAGAAGGGUGACAUAUGUGAGAAGAGUGCUGUCUGAAAAGGCGAAGCUGGAGGCAGAACUGAUGAGGCAACCUGAACCUGUUAGAGGAUAUUUGGGACUACAGCCACAUUUACUGCAACAAUGGUGCCUGGAUCACCCAACAAUAAUACACAAUGUUGUUAUCCAGCAGCACCUUGGCGUAAUCCAGAGCAAGAGGGAUAGAAGGCUCCGUGGCAGCUGGAGAUGGAUGACUUGGAUGCUUUACUAGCAGAACUAGAACAAAGCCCUAGCAACCCGAAAGAGGACAACCUUCUUCUGGCACAGUGUUCCAGUGGGCAGACAGCAGCAACAGCAGCGCCAGAGAUUGGUGGUAACCUGAACCAGACACUCAGCACUUCUGGGACCCACAAGGUACAGCUGGCAUUAAGUACUCAGCACCAACAAGCAGGUCCAGAGAAUGUCUACAGUGAAGUUCCAACUCCACAGCCACUGAUUUCUUCACCUCCUCCCACAGCAGCUGCUCAACAGCUUGAUGACCUCUUAGCCCACUUGGGCCAGAUGCAGACCAAGUUCUUGGCAGGGACGGAACAUGUUGGGGGGCCACCAUCAGUGGAACCAAGCCACAGCAGCACAUUGGACAGCAUGUUGGGGGACCUAACACAAGAGCUCCAGGACCUGGGCAUCAAUGCUGUAUCUAAAGGCGAGUGCGCUUCCUGCCACAAGGUCAUUGCUGGAAAGAUAAUCACUGCUCUGGGAAAGUCCUGGCACCCUGAGCAUUUCACCUGCACACACUGUGGAAAGGAGAUUGGCUCCCAACCCUUCUAUGAGCGGGGUGGCCUUGCAUAUUGUGAAAAAGACUACCACCAGCUCUUCUCCCCACGAUGUGCCUAUUGUGCAGCCCCCAUCCUGGAGAAAGUCCUGACAGCCAUGGACCUGACCUGGCACCCAGAGCACUUCUUCUGUACACACUGUGGGAAGGUGUUCGGUGAAGACGGUUUCCAUGAGAAGAACGGGAAGCCAUACUGCCGGAAGGAUUUUCUGGCCAUGUUCUCCCCUAAGUGCAAAGGCUGUGACCGACCUGUGAUGGAUAACUACCUAUCAGCCCUCCAUGGUGUCUGGCACCCUGAGUGCUUUGUGUGUGGGGACUGUUUGAGUAAUUUUACCUCGGGCUCCUUCUUUGAGUUAGAUGGCCGCCCAUACUGUGAGCUUCACUUCCACCAGCGGCAAGGGACGGUGUGCCAUGGCUGUGGACGGCCUAUUACUGGGCGUUGCAUCAGUGCCAUGGGGCACAAGUUCCACCCUGAGCACUUCAUCUGUGCCUACUGCCUGAUGCAGCUGAAGAAGGGCACCUUCCGGGAGCAUGGAGAGAAAACCUACUGUCAAGCCUGCUACAGCAAGCUCUUCUUGUGACUCCAGCGCAGGCACCUUGAAGGCUGCAGGGCUCACAUGCAUGAAAUGCUUUCCCACUCCUCUCUAGCAACCUCAGACAGGAGCUGGAAGACAGGGAGCGGGACUACUGUAAGAACAUCAGUCUGGAGACCAGAAUCAAAACUGAGAAACCAUCUCCAAUGGGCUCAAUCCUCAAGUUGUUUAAAUCAGCAGAGGUCCAUUGAAUUCCUUGUCAGUUUACACCAGCUGAAGACCUGGCCCUGUACUGUUGAGGGGAGGGUGGUCCCAUUAUUCCCCUCCCAGGGAACUUCCAUAGUUCACUGCAAUCUUUUUCCUUCCUACCCCCUUGCCUGCUUGCUUCCCACCUCUUCACUCUCUGCUCUGCUGCUUUUAUCUCCACUCCUUGACUUCAGCUGCUCCAUUUUCCCCAUGUUCAUCUGGCCUUCCUGUUGUCAGGCACAUACAAACGUAAUUUGGAUGAGUCUAUUGGAUGAGUAUACUGUAACUGGAUGAGUAUAUUGUACUGAAAUAAACUUCCUAGGAUUGUC